GCUCUCUUCAGGUCGCAUUGUUGAGAGGAGUGUUGUUGACUUGAGUUAGUUCCGGGAUCCCAUACCUCGAGAAGGGAUCAACAUGGAUGUCCUCUGGUUGCUGUCGCUGUUAUAUCUAACCCAUGCGGUGGUGUGUGAAGAUGUACUGUUCGAGUCUGGUAAGAGACUAGCCGUGGUCGACCCAGCCACCAUCACGGGUGGAGAUUCUGAAUAUGCAGACCCAAAGGUCACUGGGUCCAGUUUGUUUGACAGUUCUGUUGGCAACACCGACAAGCUGAGAAUGUCCCUCUUGGUGAUGGUCCACAACUUCCGGUCCAAGAGCUCUAACUACUUCCGCGCGCACCCUGUGUUUAUCAGCUGUCUGCAGCAGAUCCUGAAUGAUCUCCAAAACGAGAAUACACGGGCGCAGAUCUCCAGUGGGUACAAGACUAAGAGCGAAGUUGGUGGAAGUACCUCCCUUCAGGACCUCUAUGCCCAAGCCGGCACCGGGGCCUAUAUCGAGUUUCAGAGCGGAGUCUCUGGGGAUGUGAAGAAUAUCGCCAAGGCAGCGCUUAAACACUGCCCAGUCAUUUUCGAGCGUAUUCAGCGAGAUAUCGGCAUCAUCAUGACGGCUACAGGGAUGUACAUCCACAUGACAGGAGCUGUCGAUACACAGCCACAUUUCAGUGCCGAGCCCGGCUUCGAGAUAAGCCCUGCAAACUUCCCGGCGUGGGCGCAGAGCUUGAUCAACGAGGGACUGGACCCCGUCCAGUCCCCCGACUGCAGUAGGUUCCUGGGUUUGGAGAGUGGUCAGAUCCACCCCAGUGACGUCACCACACCCGAGGAGUUGGUGGGCGUGGUGGACCAACCUAUUACUAGAGACACGCCAGAAGAUUUCAUCAAACUGGUCCAGUAUCAAGGCACUAAUGUGGGCUUCUCCAACCCAGAGCGGUCUGCAACCUGGUGUGGGAAGGAAGGCAAUGCCUGUGUAGACUGCAGAAACUCCCCAGCUGGCAACCAUGUCUCCAAGAGAUGUGCUAGCCGCCUGAUGAGUGCCCGGAUGUACAACUUCUUGCGUGUGCUACAGAAACUCACUAGGGAUAACACUGGAGGGGACAAGCUGCGCGUCAGGAAGGCAUUUGUCGAACCAUACUCGGGCCAAUCGGACUAUUCGGCCAGCUCGCUUCAUGUAGAAGGGAGACAACUGACUCUUGAGCUGGAAAAUGGCGGGGCUGGGUUGAAGACUGUUACCAAACUGGCCCAAUGCAUUGGAGUGGACUUCAUCAAACACAAUGGCGACCACGUGGUUCUGGCUGUGAGAAAGAUGAAGGGCUAUGCAGCACAGAAGAUGGCUUUCCAGCAGACGAUGCUCUUGGCUGUCGAACCGCCACACAGUAAAGCCGACGACUACAGGCUGCCAGUGGAGUUUGGAGAGUCAGAAUAUGAUGACUAUCCAUUGUUUGACUCUAAUGGCCAGGAGGACGAUUUGCUAGCUGAGGACACGACUCUGGGCCAGUUCACGUCCAAAGAUCCCGAGUUUCGCCACCUGCGUCUCAACUCGCUCAUACCCAAGUGCUACUCUCAGCUACUUCACUAUCACAACAAGCGGAACGCCGAUGGAGAUCCAGCAACAGGCAUUGAUGUUGUCCGUGGUUUCAUCUCCACCAAGGAGCAGAUUCUUACAAUCGACCCUUUCGACCAGCGCUACAAUACCUUCAUCCUCGGCCUCGCCAUGGAGGUGACCCACAACUCCUCACACAACCCCAACAGCCACACCUUAUCCCAUCUGGCCCAGGUGGCAGUCGACAAGUGUGCGCCGGUUUUCGCUGAAGGCCGCCAGGAGAUGGGGGUGGGGCUGUACGCUGAUCGGGUGUUUGUGGACAUGAGAGACGACUUUGAUGUGUGGACAGAUAAUGUCAACCUCAUACCCCAUGAAUUCGGCAGCAUCGGCGUGUACAAGGCAGAGCUGAAAAUACGUUUUGAUGCCGCUAUAGAGAAAAGACUAGUGGACCCCGAUGACAUUGAAGAGGCUAAGAAAUCGGCCAAUGUUCCCUACCCGCAAUCUCCCCUUUUCAGCCACACACCCCCACCACAUGUCCUCCGACGGCGCCGCGCAGCCCCCGACCCUGACGACUGCGUGCCUAAGACUGACACGCCUUUCUGUGAGAAAACGAAGCAGUUCCGAGACAAGGAAAUCGAGUCCAUCUGGACUGAGGUGAACCGAAAGCACCACUACCACAAUAAGGAAGAGGUGAGACAGGCCCUGGAACUGUGCAUGGGGCUGUGUGGAACAUGUAUGGACGGAAGUGUAUACGAGAGUAAACUGGAACACUGUGAUAACUUCCUACACUGGGUUCCCUUUGGUCUCAUGAACGACAACACCAUCUCCAACUUCUUCCCCCGUGAUAACGCUGACCUGAGGCGUUACGCCAGUCUGGAACACAGCAUUGAGGACGCGGAACUAUUUCUCCUCGUCAUCAACUCUGCUGAAGCGGUGUUCCGGCCUGACCCAAAGCAAAGUGUAGAACAUGAGCUUUACCCCCAGGCCGAAAACCCCAGCCCUGUGAUGAUGUUGCUCCAUCGUCUGUAUGCCAUCCACGCAACCGGCAAGGUCAAGUUCUGGGUGUACGAUGACAUUGACAUCUCCUCGCUCAGAGAGCCGCUCCAGGUUGUAAUGCUGUACAACAAGAACGUGACGAACGUCGAGGUGUACGUGUCAAGCCCAGGCAGCAAGGAUGCUGUGAGUGCUGCUAUUGAGAACAUGAUCCUGGAGUGGUCCACUAAUGGCUACCCAGCUGUCACCAGGGAAUUCAUAGCCCCAUACAACAUCAUGGACCUUCCCAAGUAUGUGGCAAAACGUGAUUUUGAUACCGCUAUCCGUGAGGAUCUCAUUGAGCGCUACACCAACAGAGAGAAGAGGUGGGUGAACAUGGAACUGUAGGAGCCAUGCUUCCAGUCCUUGCCUGCCUUGGUCCAGAGUUCAGUCACUUAUAUCUGCUGUACAAGUCAUGCAAUCCUUUCUCAAAUGUUAUAUUACUGAUAGACAAAAUUGUUUUUGCUCACAAUGAUGUUUCAUGCAGCCAACAUUGGGAUAUUUAGAAAAGAGACCUUCCUUUAGUUUUCUUUUGUUUUAGCCCAUAUACUUUCUUCAUUUAUGGCUCCCACACAGUGUCAACUGAUGUACAUUUAUCUACCUAUGAUCUGUGUCAGGGAGACUAUCAAAUAUCUGUGAUAACCAUCUUUGUAUCAACACACUCAUAGGCGGAUCCA